AUGGGGUAUCCGAAUGAUAAAUGUACCAGACGGGGACAUCAGGCAAUGAGGCCGAUAUGGGUCACGUACUGGGUACAAUUUGUGAAGGAUAACCAAGAUAUGAGAUCAGGGCGUGACAAAUGGUAUCAGAGCCCAGGGAUUAGAUACCCCUGGGGAAGGAAUGUGAUUUAA